UUCUUUUUUCUUAACCACCUGGGGCUGGAAGGAGUGUGAAGAAGUAAGGAGGUAGCGUCACAACUCUGGAUCAUGGAUAUUUGUAAUUUUGUAUGGUUCCCUGGAAUAGGAAUAAAGCUGAUCCGUAAUUUUGAUUGGUCACCUCAGCUCAACAUGAUGAAGAUAGUCCGAAAUCAUCAUCACUCUAUCAAAGUAAAAAAGGAGAAACAUUUCACACGUGCAAGCCCAAGUUCAGGUUUGUGGCUGUGAGUAAAAGGGGUUAAACAACAAAUUAACAGAGAGAGAGAGAGGGAGUAUAAUAUCUUUGAUUUGAUUUGGUUUGAGUUCUCUCUUCUCUUCUCUUCUCUUUUCUGCGUCUGAAGGAACUGCACGAUUCGGGCGCCAGCGGUGAGUCAGUGGCAGAAACGCCAGCAACGCCACCGAUAUGGGAUGCACGGCGUCUAAGCUAGACAACGAGGAUACAGUGAGGAGGUGCAAGGAGCGUCGUCGCCUCAUGAAGGAAGCCGUCUAUGCGCGUCACCACCUCGCUGCCGCUCAUUCCGACUAUCUUCGCUCUCUCCGCCUUACCGGCUCUGCCCUCGUUGAAUUUGCUGCCGGAGAACCCCUCUCAGUAUCCGAACAGACCCCUUCCGUUCUCCUUCGCAAUCCUUCCUCGCUGUCUUACCGUGCACCGCCACCACCACCUCCGCAUUUACGACCCCCAUCUCAAUCUCCUCAGCCAACACCUCUACAACCUGCUUUUCCUCCUCCCUCCCCAACUAUUGCAAGUUCAAAGCUCCCUCACAUCCUUUCUGAAUCCAGCCCUUCCUCUACUCCCCGCCAAAAGCCUGCCGGAAAAUAUAAUUACCCGCCUAAUUUCCCCGGAAAUUCUACUUACUCCAGCACUCCUUCUCAAGCCUCAUCCGUCUGGAAUUGGGAGAGCUUUUACCCUCCCUCCCCGCCUGGCUCUGACUUUUUCCGGCGACCCAAAGACGAUGACCAACAUUCUGACCACAGCCACGACCACUUCUCUGACCACGACCACGACCGAGACCAAGACCAACAUCAUCACCUAGACCUCGACGACGAAGGAACCGACAGAGAAGAAGUGCAUUGCAGCGAAUGGGGCGAUCAUUACAGCACUUCGAGCUCCGACACGAAAUCCGAAAACAACGACGACGAAAGAGACCGAGACUCGAGAUCAGAGAUCGAUUCUAGAUCGAAUUUUGGAUCUUCAAUUCACAACGAAACCACGGCGAAGCCGAGUUACGCUCCAACGGGGAAACCAGAGAAAUCCGAUGACGCAGGAUCUUCUGUUAGUUGGAAUGCGGGAACCGCCGAGAUUCAAGGCAUGCAGAUGGUUGUUAAGCAUCGGGAUCUAUCGGAGAUCGUGGCAGCGAUCAGGGAGUACUUCGAUAAGGCUGCAGAAGCUGGCGAAACGGUCUCCGAGCUGCUUGAGAGCGGUCGGGCUCAGCUCGAUCGCAGUUUCAGACAAUUGAAGAAGACUGUGUAUCACUCGAGCAGUGUAUUGAGUAACCUGAGCUCAAGCUGGACUUCGAAGCCACCGUUGGCGAUAAAAUACCGGCUGGACACCGGUUCACUGGUUGAACCGGGCGGUCCGAAGAGUCAUUGCUCGACGAUGGAGCGGCUGUUGGCUUGGGAGAAGAAGCUCUACGAAGAAGUGAAGGCCAGAGAGGGCGUCAAGAUCGAGCAUGAGAAGAAGUUAGCCUCGUUACAGAGUCAGGAGUACAGGGGGGAGGAUGAAGCGAAGCUGGACAAGACCAAGGCAUCUAUAAAGAGGCUGCAAUCACUAAUCAUGGUCACUUCGCAAGCUGUUUCCACCACUUCUUCUGCCAUCACUAAUCUCAGAGAUACGGAGCUUGCCCCGCAGCUUGUCGAACUCUGUCAUGGGUUAAUGUACAUGUGGAGAUCUAUGAACCAGUUCCAUGAGGUCCAGAGCCACAUUGUGCAACAAGUACGAGGCCUUGUGAACCUAUCCACCAAGGGAGAAUCAACUUCUGAACUCCACCGGCAGGCAACUCGCCACCUUGAGUCAGCUGUCUCUGCUUGGCACUCCAAUUUCUGCCGCCUAAUAAAAUAUCAGCGGGACUAUAUCCGAUCUCUCCAUGGAUGGCUCAAACUCUCUCUGAUUCAUGUUGGCAAUGACAGCACCACUGGCAGCAAAGGUGCAUCUACUGCUGCCCAAACCUACACCACUGGCAGCAAAGAUGCAUCUGUUGCUGUCCAAACCUCCUCUGAUCUCCUUCCCUUGUGCGAUGAGUGGAAAUUGGCCCUUGACCGACUCCCAGACACUGUAGCAUCGGAAGCCAUCAAGAGCUUUGUUAAUGUCGUUCAUGUCAUUGCUGUGAAGCAAACUGAGGAGAUCAAGAGCAAGAAAUGGGCAGAGACUGCCUCAAAAGAGCUUGAAAAGAAGGCUUCGGCACUCCGCAAUAUUGAGAAAAAGUUCUACCAUUCAUACUCGAUGGUUGGUAUUGGGCCUCCAGAUGGUGGAGCAGCCGAUGGGCAGGUUUUGGAUGCACGAGACCCCCUUGCUGAAAAGAAGUUGGAGCUUGCAUCCUGCCAGAGGCGGGUGGAGGAUGAGAUGAUGAAGCAUGCCAAGGCAGUUGAGGUUACAAGGGCAAUGACAUUGAAUAAUAUACAAACAGGGUUGCCAGGAGUAUUCCAGGCAAUGACUGCCUUCUCAGGGCUGUUCACAGAGGCUCUGGAGGGGGUUUGUACACGUCCCUAUGCUAUUAAAUAAUUAAACAAUUCGGUAUUCCUUUUUUGAGGUAAAUUAGAAUUAUCAAAGGCUGGAUUUUUUUUUUUUUUUCUGGGAAAACAUUGUCUUCUUUUCCCUCUUUUAUUUCUUCUGUAGAUAUAUGAAAUUUUGCCAUUUUAUCUUCUUUGCAAGGGAAGAGGAUGUCUCUGUUGUACAGGAAAUUACUUGAACUAUUUGUAAGAGAAGUUGGCUUUUUGAGAGGUUGAUAAAAAUAUGGCCUUUCCCUCC